AUAGGCAGAAAAUGAGGUGGUCAACGUACUGGUUCAGGCUUCAAAACACAACCUUAUUCUUCUAUACUAAAAAGGAUGGCACUGCUUCACACCUGAGAGGCAUGUACUACAUAUAUACUGUGCAGUCGGUGAAAGAAAUACAGAGAGGGGACGGCAAGCGCUUUGUGUUUGAAAUCCUCAUGAACAACGGAAAGAGAAAAGUGCUGGCAGCGGAGACAGCUGCUCUCAGAAAGGAGUGGAUAAAGCAUCUAUGGCGGGCCAUGCAUCUCUCCUACUCUGCAGGCUCAGACCCUGUAAACAUACAACUGGAGGUGUGUGAGCAGCGAGACAGAGAUACCUCAAGCACAUCCAGUCACUCAGACUGUGACAGUGUGAUGGAGUCACAGGGUGGUAGGGUGACUUCUGACCCUGCCGCCCCAGCUCAGAGCUACUACCGGGACAACAGGAGCACUCCCUCCUCUUUGUGUUCCCCUGAUGAGCUAGUCAGUGAGGAGGCCACCUCCCAGGACACCUUGCCACCCGCCAAGUACCCAUGUGAAAGGCUUAAUAGAGCCGACUGGUCCAGUGAUUUCAGGGGUGUGGAGGAGACUGAAGCAGGCGACUAUGACGUUUUACCUCCUCGAAAUAGUAUGUAUUACAUCAGCCAUACCCAAGUGGACUUAGCUGAGGAGUUUGUGUAUGAUGUUCCUCUCUCCAACAGGAGUGCGGAGUACAGAGAGAUGACAGAGAGCAUCUAUGAUGUGCCGAGCUCUUUUUUGAGGCGGAUUUCUGAACACACUCUCGAAGACCCAGUGGAGGAAGGAGAAAUCACGAUAGAGGACAUGAUGACCAGUUUAGGGGGAGAAUCAGCUGGCCUAGCGAAUGCUCCAGCAGCCUAUGAGAGACCAUAUACACCUGUAUACUUCUAGAACCAGGGACUAAUGUCAACAGACAGGAGUUU